AGAACGAACCGCCCUGGGGCGUGCCCUGCACUCAGCUCCUCGUUUCUGUUGCCACGCCAGGCUGUGAUGAGUUUCCCAGCCUGGACUCCACGGAGAGCUAUAAGCUCUCUAUCUCGGAAGGCUCUGCUCUGCUCUUGGCGGAUGCUGUCUGGGGAGCUCUCAGAGGCCUGGAAACGUUCAGCCAGCUGGUUGGGAGAGAUGAGAAUGGCACGUACUACAUCAACAAGACAGAAAUAGUGGACUUUCCCCGCUUCCCUCACCGAGGACUGUUGCUGGACACCUCUCGUCACUACUUGCCUCUGAGAGCCAUCCUGGAAACUCUGGAUGUCAUGGCUUACAACAAGUUCAACGUGUUCCAUUGGCACAUUGUGGAUGACCCGUCUUUCCCCUAUGAGAGCUUGACCUUCCCUGAGCUCAGCAAGCAGGGAGCCUUCAACCCCAUGACCCAUGUGUACACAGCCAGCGAUGUGCAGACGGUGAUCGAGUACGCCCGGCUGCGCGGCAUCAGGGUCAUUGCGGAGUUUGACACUCCUGGGCACACGCUCUCCUGGGGUCCAGGGGCUCCGGGCCUGCUGACUCCCUGCUAUUUGGGCAAGGAUCCUUCUGGCACCUAUGGGCCCAUCAACCCCAUCCUGAACAGCACCUACCAGUUUGUGAGCAGCUUGUUUAAAGAGGUCAGCACCGUGUUCCCAGACUUCUUUCUUCACCUCGGUGGUGAUGAGGUGGACUUCACGUGCUGGAAAUCCAAUCCAAAAAUUCGUGCCUUCAUGAAGGAGAUGGGCUUUGGUGAUGAUUACAAAAAAUUAGAGUCACUCUACAUCCAGAGGCUUCUGGACAUCGUUGCUUCUCUUGGCAAAGGUUAUAUCGUAUGGCAGGAGGUGUUUGACCAUGCGGUGAAGCUGAGGCCAGACACCGUUGUCCAUGUGUGGAAGGAGAGCUCCACGCCAUACACAGAGGAGAUGGCGAAUGUCACCAAGGCUGGCUACCAGGCUCUGCUCUCUGCCCCCUGGUACCUCAACCGCAUCUCCUACGGGCAGGACUGGAUGGCAGCCUACCAGGUGGAGCCCUUGAAGUUCGAAGGCAGCGCUGAGCAGAAGGAUCGGGUGAUUGGCGGAGAGGCCUGCAUGUGGGGUGAAUACGUGGAUGUCACUAAUCUCACACCCAGGCUCUGGCCAAGAGCUGGGGCCGUUGCCGAGAGACUGUGGAGUAACGCGACUGUCAGGGACCUGCGAGACGCCUACGUGCGGCUGGCCGACUUUCGCUGCAAGCUCCUUGGGCGUGGUGUCCAGGCGCAGCCUCUCUUUGUAGGAUACUGUGAAAAUGAAUUUGGUGGCUUUUGA